AUGCACAUGGAAACACAUAUCUACAAUGAAAAUGUUCAGCCAUUAUCAAUUAAUAAUACAACUGUUACCGGAUUUAUAAAAACAGCUUUCAUGAAGAUGGAUACUGAUAAUUCUUCCUAUGGAAUGGGAAUAAUAACUGAUGGUCGUUAUAAAUUAUGUGUUCAUAUUGUAAACUAUGUACAUACUGAAGAAUUGACAGUUCGAGGACAAAAAGUAAAAGUUAAAGGAUUCAUGAACAAGUCAGAAGUUGCAGUUGGCGCUAGCACUUUUAAGGUAGAAGGAAUGUCUGAUAUCGAAAUAUGUGAAGGUGAAUUAAUGCCAAUGUUGCAACUCAAAGCUGCUAAUAGAUUCUACAGGUUUUUUGAAUAUCAAAGUUCAAUUACCAGAACGAUUAUUAAAAUGAUGAGAUCCACAUCAGAUGAUAUAAUACAAAUUUGUUCAAAUAAGAUACAUGCAAAACGACAUGAAAUCUUCGAUUUUAACCUACUAACAUCUACUGUUACUCAUAAAGAUGAAAGUGGUCGAAAGAUGACGAAAAAUGGGCUAAUGAGAUUAAUAAAAAAUGAAUUCACAAAUUUUCAAUGUACCGAACAUUAUAAUCAUGAAUCAGGUUCAGAAACUAUUGAAUAUGAACAAGAUUUUACUGGAUGUUCUAAACAUGAAUUGAAGAAAUUGAAAAAAAAAAUAAAAGAGAGUAUGACAAAUGAUUUAGUUUGUAUGGUAUGUUCCAAAGGUUAUUUUGCAAUAAUACGUGAUGAAUUUUCAAAUGCCAUUCGAUGUUCAUUUUGUCACAUAUGCUUACCAAAUAGUGUUGAUCUUGAAGAGGUAGGGAACAGAAUCAAAAACAUUCAAAAAGAACAUUUACAAGAAUGCAAUGCUGGUUAUCUAAUACCAGUAACCGUUUAUCAAUAUGUUUUAAAAUUGUUGUUCGUCUGUCAACCAUGUUCAUCUUCUAUUUCAAUUGAAAUAUAUUAA